CUCAGCAAUCUCCUACUUCAUCAGGUCUCUUGCUACUCAUGAUCAGCUAAGAAAAUACAAUACUGGAAUCAAUGAAAUGAAAUUUAUCUCAGGUUAUAAAAACUCAGCCUCAGAUUUUACUUUGUUGAAUAUAUAUCACCAUGACUAUGUUCUGAUGGAGAAAUACAAUUAGGUGAUGGUCUGAAGAUAAAAGCAUGGAGUUUACUGGGAUUAUAAUUCUGAUGUUUAUAUUUUUGCAAGGAGUCAUUUGUGAAGAUUGGUCUUCUUGGGUCCCAAAUUCAAUCUCAGCUUUAAAAAAUCAUUGUGUAGUACUUCCUUGCACAUUUACCUACCCUGGAAGGCACAGAUCAGCUGCAGAAUUUGACAUUGCUUGGUAUAUCUACAAGUCAUCUGGAUAUCCUGUAGUAUUCCACAAGAAAAAGUCUCCUGAAGAAAUUAUUCCAUCUUUUAAGGGUCGCACUUAUCUAUAUGGAAAUCUGUCAGAGAAAGACUGCUCCUUGGUGAUUGACAGGGUCACAGUAAAUGACCAACAAAGUUAUUAUGUCUGGAUUGACCCAGAUACUGUCAGUUACAAAUUUUAUAAACAAACUGUGGCUGUUGAAGUAACAGAUAGUUUUCCCAUCCCAUACAUAAAGAACAUUCCAGAAUUUGUUGAUGGGAAGACUUUGAACAUUACGUGUAGCAUCUUGCACACUUGUCCUUUUCGUCUACCUCAGCUGAACUGGACCCUUGAAGGUGAUUCUGUCAUGGUAGUAAAUACAAAAUAUUCAGAAAAUAAAUGGGAAUUUUCAUCAGUUUUCACUUUUACUCCUUCACUCAGCCACCAUGGGCAGUUUCUGAACUGCAGGUGUGAAUACCCAAGGGAAAAAUCAUCACAACCUAUUAAAAUAGAUGUAAAAUAUAAGCCAGCUAUUUUACCUGAAUCCAGAUGUACCUCUAUUCAGACCAAUACUACCUGUCAUUGUGUGGCAGUAGCCAACCCUUUGCCUACAGUUAUUUGGAUAAUUGGAGAUCAGAAUGUUACAGAAUCUGACAAAGUCUUCAGUGUCUUCUUUGAAAGCUCAGGACAUAACCAUACCAGUAUUCUGAUGGCACAAAUGGAGUCCGGAGUCAAUGUUAUUUGUGUAAUGAGUAAUAAACAUGGAAGUAACUUAUUACAAAUCCCUACUGCUGGGACAGGUAACCAACAUUUACUGUUUUGGAUUUCCCUUUCUAUAGGAGGUUUUGUCUUAGUUGUCAUCAUUACAUUCAUUUGUAAAACACACUGGAGAAGGAGUUCUACAGAUACAGUUUUAACUUCAGACCAUUCUCAUUCUGCAUGUGAAGGAAUGACAAGUCGGAAUAAGAACAACACAAGUGCAACAUUACAAAAUAAGAAAAAUAUAUCUACAAAAAGCUCAAAUCUUUAUCUUGAAAAUGUUACUCCAGAUUUUCAAAGGACACAGUUGGCACAUAGAGGUAUGAAGCAAAUGAAUAACCAUCAGGAAUUUCAGAUGGAUGAUGUCAAUGGAAGAGCUGGACACAUGGGCUCAUAUGAAUGGAAAGAUGAUAGGAAGGGACAAGCUUCUGAUUCCACCUGUGAACUGAUCUAUAAAAAUGACAAUGUAGCAUGCAUUUACAACAACGAACCAGUUGUUCCAAAUGAAGAACCAUGUGAUGUGUAUGAAAUUACUGACAGCGUUUCUGAUGAGGAAGAUGCUUUAUAUCUGAAUUAUUAAUGUGACAAUCUGCAGAGACACAGCUUUAGAAACUCAAUGAUUAUGGGCAUUACUUGUAAUCCUUACUCUUAUCAAUAUUUGACAAUUACAUUGGAAUGAGUAAUCAGUGCAAUCAGUCAUGCAAUCAUAGCUGUCUUGUGUUACAUUUAUAAUCCUGUGGCAAAAUAAUGAAUUGAUAUUAUAUUAUGGUGUUUUAGUUAAUAUUACUAUUGUUGUUGAGAAUUUGUUUUAUUAAUUCUAAAAUAAAUUGUCAGCUCAUUACUAAUGCAAACCAUAUUCACAUAAAAAUAUCAAUGAAUAGAGAGUGAAACAGCAAAUCACAAAAACAAUAUUUCAUCAAAGAAGACAUCGUCAGCGAAGUCAUCUUCAGAACCUGACAUGAAUAGCAAUUUGUUCAAGAAUGUCAGUAAUUAAAUUAUGCUUUUGGGGAAGGUCUCUCUACCACCCCAGAACUUUAAUACUUCUCUCAGAUAUCAUGCAAUUGCACAGGUAAAUGAAAGGGGCACUGAGGGUUUAACCCCUUGUGCUUUUUGUGCAUCAGCAUAGUAAUAUUAAAAGUCAGAGGGUGUAAAGACAGAGUUUUCUACAGGAGAUGCAGUCAGCAAGAAAACAAUACAAAGAAGUAUUGACAAUCUGCAGUAAGAUAUUGCCUUGUCUGCAUUUAGAUGAUAACUUUAUUAAUGAUUUCUACAAGUAUGAAUUGUUUUGAGGUGUUAUAGUUCUCUGUUUUGAUGAACGUUAUAUGAUUUAAUGAUGUUAGCCUCAAUAACAUAUAGAAAAUACUGUGUAUGGAAGUAGUGAUCAAAUAUUAAAAUAAUUUUCAUGAGGUCAAGUAUUUCAGACUAUAACCUGUGAUUUGUUAAAUUUAAUUUCUUAACAUUGUCUGACUUUGUUAUCCAUUUUCAUGGUAGAGAUAGAUUCCUGAAACUAUAACCAGUGUUUUUUU